UCCAGUUCUUGUUCUUCAUCAAAAAAAUCUUUCUCCCCAAUUUCAAACUAUAUAUAUAUAUAUUUUUUAUUUUCCAACAUCAAACUCAUCAAAUCACUAAAACCUAGUCACAACAACAACAACAACAACAACAAUGAGCGUAAUCGAAAUAUUAACUCGAGUUGAUGCAAUUUGCAAAAAGUACGACAAAUACGACGUUGAAAAACAGCGAGAUCUUAACGUCUCCGGUGACGAUGCAUUCGCUCGCCUCUACGCUGCCGUUGAAUCCGACAUUGAAACCGCUCUUCAGAAAGCUGAGACAGCUAGUAACGAGAAAAAUCGAGCUUCCGUUGUGGCGAUCAAUGCCGAAAUACGACGGACUAAGGCUAAGUUACUGGAGGAAGUUCCUAAACUGCAGCGGUUGGCGAUGAAGAAGGUAAAAGGACUUGCCCCUGAAGAGUUUGCUGCUCGUAAUGACUUGGUUCUCGCACUCCCUGAUAGGAUUCAAGCAAUACCUGAUGGGGGUGCUGCUGCACCCAAACAGUCUGGAGGAGGUUGGGCAGCUUCAGCAUCUCGUACAAACAACAUCAAGUUUGAUUCAGAUGGACGAUUUGAUGAUGACUACUUUCAGCAAUCUGAGGAGUCAAGCCAAUUUAGGAAUGAGUAUGAAAUGAGAAAAUUGAAGCAGGAUCAAGGCUUGGAUAUGAUAUCAGAAGGUCUAGAUACAUUGAAAAACAUGGCACAAGAUAUGAAUGAGGAAGUGGACAGACAAGUCCCAUUGAUGGACGAAAUCGACGACAAGGUGGAUAAGGCGACUUCAGACCUUAGGAAUACCAAUGUUAGACUUAAGCACACUGUUCAUCAGCUGAGGUCUAGUAGGAACUUUUGUAUCGAUAUUAUAUUGCUGUGUGUAAUUCUGGGCAUUGCAGCUUACUUGUACAAUGUUUUGAAGUAAUUGUUUGUGAGCAUAAUGAAAAUCUAGCCUGGUUUGCUCUUGCGGUGAUGACUUUUAGUGUGCUCGUGAGUUAUGUAUGUUCGCACUUGACUUCAACUUUUCUGUUACAUCUAUACUUCACAUGUUUAUUUACCAACGUAUUUCUAUCUAUAUCUAAAUAUAACUAUGUAUUUCAUUUUGAUUUUCUUAUUGUAUCGUGUGAACAUCCCUUAGGGAGUUAGGGCGAUAUGAAUGUAUGAAAGUGCUUUCUUCUUAUUGUUUA